AGCGAAAACCUCCCUACAGUCACGCGCGGUCUCGGAGAGGACGCGUCGUGAAGCCUGGCGAAGGCCGAGAAAUCAACUGCGCAUCGACGGCUGGAGGAGUCUUUGACGGUCGCUCUCCCAGAGAUCACCUCUCGCAAAUCACAACAUGAGCGUCGGAACAUACAGGGACGUUGAAGGUUUGUACCUGUGCCGCGUAUUUCAAGAGAAGGCAAUCCGUUCGGCCCUGUCCUACGAACCCCAACCGAACGACGUCUUCAUCGUGUCCUAUCCCAAGUGCGGAACGACAUGGAUGCAGUACAUCGCCUACAGCAUCUUCAAUGACGGUGUCUGUCCGCAAGACAUGAUCAACUUCAUAAAGUCCGCGCCAUUCCUCGAGUUCUUGGGCGCCGAAGGAGCCAAGAGCAUGCCCAGGCCGGGAGCGAUCAAGACGCACCUGCCAUUUGACAAGCAGCCCUACUCCGAACGCGCAAAAUACAUUUACAUUACCAGGAAUCCUUAUGACUGUUGCGUCUCCUUCUACUACCACACCAAGAACUUCCCGGCGUACCAGUUCGACAACGGGACCUUCGACGAGUUUUUCGACUUAUUUGUUCAAGGGAGGGUAGACUACGGAGACUACUUCGAUCACCUUCUGUCCUGGUACGCACAUCGGGAAGACCCUAACGUACUGUUCGUCACCUACGAGGAUCUCAAGAAAGACUCCAAGUCGUGCAUUCUGAAGGUGGCCGAUUUCAUCGGAGAAGACUACGGCAAAAGACUCCGGAACCAACCCGCGGUCCUGGAACGAAUUGUUUCAACGACAAGCCUGGAGUCAAUGAAAAGUCUCAACAAGGGCAUGAAGAACUGGACAAAGAGUUUGGAUGACGUGGAUCCUCAAGAAGUACCAGGAUCUCUUCUACUAAUGAAAGAAUCCCUCGGAGAUCUCUGGAAGAAACCGGUGUCUGGUGACUUUGUACGGAAGGGCAUCAUCGGAGAUUGGAAGAACCAUUUUUCACCGAAACAGGUCGAGCAGAUGAAAGAGAGAAUCGCCCUCAAGACAAAAGAAAGCGACGUGAUGACUCUGUGGAAUGACCUGGAUCUCCCGUGACCGCGAAGAAUGUGGGUUUGUCACCUGCUAUUUUGUUUAUUUUUCUGACGAGGUUUUGUUUGUCUGUCUAUAUUGAGCCUCAACGAAAAAACCCUCAAUGAUGAUGUUCGUGAAAAUUUUCGUAUCACGGAGAAAGAUUAAUCGAGUCUACUUAAAAAGACUGAAAUCAGCCGAUUACCUAAAGCAAUGGACCAUUUCUAACCUUCUAUUCUCAAGUGUGGCAACGGAACACAAAUAUGAAAUCAUGAGUUGUGGUGCGGUCCUCGGUUCCAAAUAUCUACGUCGUGAUUUUAUUUGCUUCAGAAUCUUCUUGUUUUUGCUUUCUCAAUCAACUGGUUCUAUCUUUAAAAACAGGAACAAUUAGGAUCCCUUGAUGUAUAUCUCAGGGUUCUGAUAAUGUUCUAAAUUUUUUUACAAAUAUAUACAAAGUGGAACCCUUAAAAUGUAGGCGACGUUUCACUAAAAACUGCUCUUUAGAGCCUGGGAAAGUAAACUCUAUAAGCAAAACCUCGUCUUACUUCUAGAAGCUGCUAUGCGCUUCGUUUUACAGAACGUUAUGAUUGAAACGCUUUCUGGCUGUCAGUAUUGAAGAAGUGCAAAGCAAAUGUGAGUGUGUCACCGGUAAGAUUAUGCGCAGGAGUAAGUUCGAUUGACAUGUUUGUUUUCGUUAAUAUUUUUAUGUGUUACUACCCGUUGUAUGAAGGAAGCGUAGUCGAUCUAGUUUUAGCAAGAAAGAAAAAUAUUUUAAGGCAAUAAGACACUGCGUCCAAAUAGCAACCCCCCUUGUGAUUUUUUGCUUUGUUUUUGUAUUUUGUUUUCUCAAGCUUGACAGCUACUAUGCCCCCUUCACCCUUAUGCUGAGACUAGAAGCUCCACCUUGAGCGCGAGCUUUCUGCCUUUGCUAACACAAGUGUGAACGCACAGGCAUGCACAACCAAAGUACUACGGAAGCCGGGGAGCUUGCACUGAAGAUGGAGCUUCAAGUCUCAGCUUAAGGGUGAACGGAGUAUGACACAGAAAGCACCAGACUAAAAUAUUUUAUAAAUGUAGUAACUUAAAGCCAACUACUGAUACACAUUUUAUGGAGCUGUACAAAUUUCAUUUCGCUUAUAAAAGUGCAGAAGUUUCGCUAAUCUUCAGUGUUGUCACUAUAUUUGACAACCGUUGAACUGUAGCGCUUUUAAGUGACAUCAAAUUUUUUCACCUAAACAAGAACCAAAAUUGCACAAUAACAAGAUAGUGAACAUUACAGGGCACGCUGUAUCGUCAACUUUCUUGUUUUUGCGUAUUUUUGGUGCUUGUCUAGGUGACCAUAAAGCAACUUGCCCGAAGUGCUGUUUUAAUUUAAACUUUUUUUCACAUUUUAUUACUUAAAGUUAUAUCAAAACGCAACUUAUUUACUUCUACUGAGUAUUAUGCACUCUUCGGAACAUGUUUCAAGUAAAAACGUUUGUGUGUAAUUGACCAAAAAAUGACAUCUUCAAUUUUCUUCAAAGGAAAAAUGAAAACAAAAUUGUCAUCUAGUUUAUGUCUCUGUUGAUUUAAUAAAAGCAUGUUGCAUCAU